UUUAGCUCUGUGUGGGACCAGGUCUCUGAUGUAGGCAGGCUGAUCACAGAUCAGAUACAUGCGCUUCAGAUCCAUAAACCACCCCCCCUUUUCUCUCUCUUUGUACCCGCCUUUGAUCUCGGCGCUGGGUUUGUCCUCGGUCUGCUGCUGCUGCUGCGGCGGCGGCUCUGUGUUGUGUUGUACUGGGCUGGGGCAGCAGCGCUGACAUGGUGAGCAGACCGGUGCGGGAAACACACCACCACACCUCUCGCCGGUCUGCUUUCGACUCUUAAGAAGCAAUACUUUGAUCAACAGGCUCCUUUUCUAGCAGCUGCAAACAGCAAGUUGCCCAUCAAAAUGGUCUGGGUGCUUCAGUACACCUUCUCACUUUUACUAACUGUGCAUGUCAUAUAUUCAACUCUGAUUCAUGUGAAGGCAGAGGAGGAGACCAGAGAAUGCAGAGAACAGGAGUACAAGGACCGGUUUGGGAACUGCAAACCCUGCAAGCAGUGUGAUGCAGGACAGGAGCUUUCAAAGGAAUGUGGCUUUGGUUAUGGAGAGGAUGCCCGGUGCGUGCCCUGCCGGAGCAGUCGCUUCAAAGAGGACCGGAGCCUGCAGAAGUGCAAGCCCUGCUUGGACUGUGGACUCAUCAACCGCUUCCAGAAGGGCAACUGCUCUACCACCAGCAACGCUGUGUGUGGUGACUGUCUGCCGGGAUAUUACAGGAAAACAAAACUAAGUGGUUUCCAAGACAUGGAGUGUAUACCCUGUGGGGACCCUCCGCCUCCUUAUGAGCCUCACUGCAGUGGGCGAGUGAACCUGGUGCCGCUGCCCUCAGUGGUGACCAGCCCACGGGACAUGGCCCUGGCCGCGGUCAUCUGCAGCGCUCUGGCCACUGUGCUGCUGGCCCUGCUGGUCCUGUGUGUCAUCUACUGCAAGAGACAGCUGCUGGAGAAGAAGCCCAGUGCCUCUCUGAGGUCACAGGACUGUCCGUACAGUGGGGCAGAGCUUUCCUGCCUGGACCCUCGCUGGCUACAUGACUUCCCCCAGAGACCCUGCUGCCAGUGUCACCUGGGUCCCGGACACACCUGCGGUCCAGUCCACCUGAUCCCAUCUCUGUGCUGUGAUGAGAGCAGCAGUCUGGGCCGCAGCCAGGACAACAGUCCCUUCCAGUCCCAGACGAGCCUCAGUGACGGAAAUACACACCUGGAUGAGGAGGGUACUCCGAUGCAGCUGGAAGGACAUCCAGAGUCUGUCUCUGCAGAGGCUGGUGGGAUGAUGGGGAGCUCAGAGCUUGCAGAAAGAAUGAAGGUGGAAGAGGAAGAGGAUUGUGAGGGUGACGAGGAAGAAGAAGGAUGCAGAUCAAGGGAGAAUUCACCUGAGAGGACGUCACAGAGCUACAGUGAAGCUGCAACAGAUGCACUUCUUCCCAAACAGCAACCACCAACUUAGGAAGGAUGACAUGGACUACUUUGGCUCAUGUUCCACCCUUGAACCACCCUGGACUCAACAACAGCCGCAGCCAGAUCCCGUUUCAGAUUACUCACCAGCUCUCACCCGCCCACACACACACACACACACAUUUUGAAAUGCCUGCCGCUGACCUCAAAGCCCCUCGUCAAAGCAUCCAAACGGAAUAUGUACAUACAAGCAAACAAAAGCACUGCUGAGGAAACGCAAAGUGCAAGAGCAAAGGCAUAGAGAGAUACAGACACACACAGACACAGAGACACACAGAGACACAGACAGACACACAAACACAUAAUGUGAACUCACUGGCCCAGAAGGUGAAAUUGAAUGAAGUUCAAACGUCGAGGAGCAUUGACUUAUUAUCGUGGAGCAAAGUGAAUCAAAGUGAGCCUCUGCUCUGCCUUGAGAUUGUCUCACAUCUUCACAUGUAGGUGGACAUAAACUGUACCACUGAUCUAGCAGCUGGUGUUAUGAAGCUUUUGUGUGUAAAAUUUGAGGUGUGAAGAAAAGUGUCAAAAGUGAUUAUGUUGCACAUUGAAGACAAUCUUGAUAACACGGAACAAGUUAAGACGAGGAAUGUUUAAGUGAUAAAUAUGCUGUAGAUACUGUAAAAUAGUAAAUAGGUCAAUAUUUUUGUAACAUAGACAUGACUGAUAAUAUGUUUGCUUUUCUUCCUCCAGUUAUAGUGUUGAUGGAUGUGAACGGUCACUUUCACAUAUCGUUUUUUGUAAAUAAACCACGUGAACAAGUUUA